AUGAGCUCCCAGCCGCCUUCGGUGCCGCCCCCGUCCGGGGGCGGAGGCCCGCCGCCGCCGGCCACGACGGCGCCCUCCGCGCCUCCUGCGUCGCCGCCCCCGGUGGCCGUGGCGGUUCCCACGCCGCCGCCGCCGCCGCCCCCCACCGAGCCCAGCAGCCUCAACUCGGGCUACGGCAGCGGCGACGAGACCACCAGCCUGCUGGCGCCCGCUCCCGGGGGCGGCGGGGGCGGCGUCGUGGGCGUGUCGGCGCCGCACACCAAGCCGGUGCUGACGCGCCAGGACUGCGCCUCCAGCUUCCCGCUGUCCGAGGACGGCGCACGCUCUGUGCCCGACCUCGAGAUGCACUGCAGGCUGGACACCGGCUGCCCCGCCAGAGGGACGCGGAGCGCGGCGCCGCUGCCGCCGCCGUCGCAGCACGUGGCCAUGCAGCCGGGCCACCCGCGCUGCCGCUGCGAGAUGCUGGCGCCAGCGCCUCUGCGGUCGGCGUCGCGCGAGAGCGUGCGCCAGCCGCCCUCCGUGCUGCUCAGCGCCUCGCCCUGCCACGGCGCCGCGCGCGUCGUGCGCCAGAGCUCGCAGCCCGAGCCCGCCGCGCCGUGCAGCGGCCACUGCGCGCACCACAGCGCCGGCAGCGCCUCGCUGCGCCAGCUGCGCGAACCGGCAGACGGGAUUGCCGGCAUCGCCGCCGACUCGCUGCGCAUCAACGGCGCCAUUCGGCAGUUCAAGCAGAAGGGUGGUCCCAGUGUAGGUCUAGAACACGAAGAACCCGAGGUAACACGGUUUGAGACCUGCUUUUGGGUCCGUGGCGGCGCCGCCGGGGCCUUCACCGUGUUCCGCGUCACGUGGGGCCCUGUAUAG